AAGAAGAAGAAAAAAAAGAAAAAGCAGGAGAGGACUUUCCCCCCGGCUUUUUAUCUGGAGGAAUGAAACAAGUUACGCAGCGUCUUUGUCAGUUUUAAACUUCUCACCGGCGUCUUUCUGUGCGUAAAAACGACGCUUUUGUUGUUUGUUUGCGUUUUCCGACUUGGAUUAAGUUCUGCAUGGAAACAAAUGAUAUCUGAGAGCGGAGAAAGAGAGGAGGUGGGUGUCGGAUACGAGACUCCGGGGCUCUUUUCUUGUUCUCUUGCGCAUGGAUCUCGGAUACAAGCUUGUUAGAUUUGGAACAAAAAAGUGGGAAAGUGGUCUAAUUGUCGCUGCUGCCGCUUUUUAGACGUCAGCCAGACAGAUCUGAGAGGUUUAACUCUGGAAGAAAAGCAAGUUGUUGGAGAAACUUUGAAGUGAAGGCAAUAAAAAGACACAGGUUUUAUUAGAAGUGUUGUAAUCAUGGCACUGAAGGGCAGAGUGUUGUAUGACUUCCACUCUGAGAACCCAGGAGAGAUCUCCAUAACAGAGAACGAGCUGGUGACUCUGUUCAGCGAGGAGGAGCUGGAGGGCUGGCUGGAGGGGGAGAACAGCAGGGGGGAGGCUGGCCUCUUCCCUGCCUCCUAUGUUGAGAUCAUCCGGGACCACAUCACCUCCAGCACCAACAACAAUGGCUUCUCCUCACCCAAAGCCAAGACCCAGACCCCCACCCACGCCUCCCACCCGUCGCCUGACUCCCAGUCUCAGAGGGGCUUUGGGGCUGGCAGUGGUGGCAGCAGCUUCCACACCAGCCAGGGCAGCGACGACGACUGGGACGAUGACUGGGAUGACACCUCUCCAGCAGCUGAUGCCCCUCAGGGUUUCGGCAGCAGCCCUCCCCUGUACCCGGUGACCACCUCCCUGCCGGGGCGCGGCAGUGCCCAGCAGCAGCAGCAGCAGCAGGCCAAGAGCUCGGCCACGGUGGGGAGGAACCUCAACAGGUUCUCCACCUUUGUCAAGUCCGGAGGGGAGGCCUUCCUGCUCGGGGAGGCCUCAGCUUUUGUGAAGGACGGGGACAGGAUCUGCGUGGUGAUGGGGAAGCAUGGACCGGAGUGGCAGGAGGACCCCUACCCCUUCACCUGCACCAUAGACGACCCCACCAAGCAGACCAAGUUCAAAGGCAUGAAGAGCUACAUGUCCUACGGUUUAACCCCGACGCACACCAACAUACAGGUCAACCGCAGGUAUAAGCAUUUCGACUGGCUCUACGCCCGGCUCGUGGAGCGCUUCCCCGUCAUCUCGGUGCCCCACCUGCCAGAGAAGCAGGCCACGGGCCGCUUCGAGGAGGACUUCAUCUCCAAGAGGAGGAAGGGUCUGAUCUGGUGGAUGAACCACAUGGUCAGCCACCCUGUGCUGGCUCGCUGCGACGUUUUCCAGCACUUUCUAACAUGCGGCGCCGACGAGAAGGCCUGGAAGCAGGGCAAGAGGAAGGCCGAGAGGGACGAGCUGGUCGGGGCCAACUUCUUCCUCACAAUCAGCACGCCCGCUGUGCCGCUGGACCUCCAGGAGGUGGAGAGCAAGAUGGAAGGCUUCAAGACGUUCACCAAGAGGAUGGACGAGAACAUCGUGGUGGUGAACGCCACCAUCAACGAGUUCGCCCACAAGCAGAUGGCGGGGUUCAAGAAGGAGUACCAGAAGGUGGGACAGUCCUUCAAACUGCUGGCGCAGGCCUUCGAGCUGGACCAGCAGGCCUACUCAGCGGGCCUGAACAAGGCCAUCGCCUACACCGGCGAGGCCUACGAGGCGAUUGGAGAUUAUUUUGCUGAGCAGCCGCGACACGACCUGGACCCCAUUUCUGACCUGCUGGACCUCUACAGAGGACACCUGGCCAACUUUCCCGACAUCAUCCAUGUGCAGAAAGGUGCGCUGACGAAGGUGAAGGACUGUCCGAAGCAGGAAGGCGACCUCCACGACCGCUGCAACAUCAUUUCUUGCGCCACGCUGGCGGAAGUCCAGCACUUCCACCGCACGCGCGUACGAGACUUCCGCUCGCAGAUGCAGCACCACCUCCGCCAGCAGAUCGGCUUCUUCCAGAAGAUCACCGCCAAGCUGGAGGACGCGCUGCAGAGAUACGACGACGGCCAGUAGGACGAGAAGAUAAGACGGAGGUUGGACUACAAAGGCCUCAAGGACGCGAGGGGGGGAAGCCUGAAGAGGGAAUGGGACUUGAUGGUGACGGAGAACAUCCUAUUGUCCUUCUAGGAGAGCAAACCUUGGAGACUUGUGUUGUGAUGGAUCCUGCGCCUGGUACGAGCGCUGGAAGAAAUACACCACUCUUUGAAAAAGACACAGGCCCCAUGACAACUUCUUGGAUUGUCUGAGCAGCUCUGAUGAAUGUACCAGUAACAGGGAUUCUGCUGACGCUCCAGGCACGUCUUGCAACUCAGCGGGACUGCAGGAAAUAUUUAAAACAGCUGCUCUCAAUGUGACGGGGGCUGCCGUUUGAUUCCCGGUUUGGGGGUCACGUGACCGCUGCCUCGCCAGUUAAUGGACGGCCUCCAUCAGGGAAGCACGUUUAACCCGACAGAAACAAAGAAAGGAAACUGGAUGUUUAAACGCUUACAAGACGGGACUAAACGAAUUUAAUGGUUUUUUGUUAUCUCAGUACGUGUUUGUUUUUACUUGAAUGACCCACUCAGUAUUGCUUUGACGGCACAUGACUGCGGAACGAGGGAGCGCGGGCAUCAUCUCCACCCCUGAUGUAGCUGGAUUUCCAUUACAGCUUGAAAUCUGACCGACUUUAACGUCUAACCUCCCUCACAGCUCAGACGCUGUCACACCUUUGCUAUGUCUUAAUUUGAAACCCUCCGUUGUUCCGCAUUUUUAGUCUUUUUUUAACCAUCCGUCUGCUUUUUUGGGAAGUAGCACCACAGUUUCUCUCUUUUUUUUUCUUCUCCAGAUGUUUUAAUAAAACCUGAGGUCCACAUCUGUCUCCCGGCUCAUUCCAGAGGAGGUCAGAGGUCGGCCUCGGGGUACAGGCGCUUUCAUAUGAUGGAUGCUCCCUGGCGUGGAAACCCUGAACCCAGAUCACGUGGACUUUAUGUGAUUAUAACAUAGUUUGAAUUCUUUUGAGGGCAAAGGUUUUUGUUUGGAAAAAGAAAGUGACAAUCCAGGUGAAGAUUCUCAGCGUCAGAGGUGGAUUUGUGGCGUUAACCUCAGAACUGUUAGUGUUUAAAGAUCUAAUGAGCCUGACUUAGAGAAACUCCUCGUAUUUAAGCAGAAGGAGGCUGCAGGACGAGGGGAACGCAGGAUGCUGCGAGAACCAGCUCAGUGCAUCACACCGGUUUACAGUGUCUGCUGCUGUCAGAUUUACACUCACAUAGUGUAGCUCUGCUAAAUGUUGUAGCCUCGACUUCACGUUCCUCUCCUGGGAUUUUUACUUUACAGUGUUUAUAAUGGGACCAACCGCCGUCCUGGUUGUUGUAUUUUAACGGUGUUCCUCAGACAUGUAACUCACUAGGAUCACUACAAGCGUUUAAGUGUAACACGAUGGGACAGGAUUUCAGCAAAUAAAUGAAACUAGAAUUUA